CUCUUCGACCGCAUCACACCUCUAUCCUACCACACUGGGCUACUUUCUUUUCACUUUCCUUAUAUAGGGUAAAGAGGAAAUCAUCGGUAACAAAAUAAAAGUCUGAUUAGGCGGUUUCAAGUUGGAUAUUUCCUCCAUCUCGGUAUGGUCCAAUAAAUAAGUUUCCACGGUUAUCCGCUGCGUAGAAGAGGAGCGGAACUUUCAGAGGACUGGAGUAGCCGAGGGGACAGCGCGCUGGUUUUACUCCAGGAGGUUACAUCUGCCACCCGCGCCCCUCCUCUCUAGGCGGAUGGUAUGGUACAACUUUCUCGCACCGAUCGAACCUAAGUGGCCGUCGUGAGAGAAGAGCCGUUUUAUGCUAGUCUGCUGGAGAGGAGAUGCGAGCCUCUCCUCCGUCUCGGAUGGCAGAGCGGCUAUGAGGAAAGAGGUCUACCUGCUGGGCUAACAGAACAAGACCACCGUGCACCAACAGAAUGCGGGAACGAGGUCCUUGCAUUUGUGGAGUAGGUGUGUGGAGUCUACUGCUGUCCCUCUGUCUGGCCUCUCUUACACAUGCACACAGGAGCCACACAGUGCAUGUAAAGGCAGGAACGUGUGAAGUGAUUGCUGCCCAUCGUUGCUGCAACAAGAACAAGAUUGAGGAGCGAUCUCAGACCGUCAAGUGCUCCUGCUUUCCUGGACAGGUUGCUGGCACCACUCGGGCCAUGCCCUCCUGUGUUGAUGCCUCCAUUGUAGCCCAGAAAUGGUGGUGUCAGAUGCAGCCAUGCAUGGAUGGUGAGGAGUGUAAGGUUCUGCCAGACCUUACAGGAUGGAGUUGCAGCACAGGCAACAAAGUCAAGACCACAAAGGUGACCCGAUAGUCCUGCCCAUCUCAAGAAGAGAAGAAAAUGGUGGUGGAUGUACUUACACAGCACAAUGGACCUAUCAGUGGUGAGGCAAUGCACUUAGACAGAUUUCUAUGAGGGACCAGUACUUAUUUCAUUUUUCCGUGGAUAUCUGAGAAAUGGCGGUUGAAGAGACAGGACUCUUGCACUGCCUCACCAUCACCCUUAAUGCAACUGAGUCUCCUUGGUCCUUUAGUGCAGAGGACGACAUCACCCACAACCCUUUACUGCUACUAGAAAUAAUAACUUCAACAAAGUGAACUUUGACCUAAACAACACUGGAUUAGAUGACUUUCGUUACAACAAUCUGUAUUCUUCAUCUCUCUUCUGUGGCUUAGUUGUGUUCCACUUGCAUACUGGGAAUAAUGGGGAAGUGGAUUUUAGACAGCUAUCCUAUAUUACAAACAUCACUACAAAAAAGGGAGUGAAUCCAGAAUGGCUGCCUCAUGUAUUCUGGAUGACACAUUUAAGUUUAACUGUGCCACAUAUGACGCACUCGAAGCUGUCAAAACGCUCUAAAAACUGAACCUUUUCUUUUUUCCCCAGAUUUCACCUUCAUAAGAAUAUUUUACCUGGAAUAGAUUGUGGCUUACCACAUGCCAUUUUUUAAAAUGGGAAGACAGUUUGUCAGGUUUUUUUGUUUUUUGACAAAGGAUAAAUUCUUCCAGGGGUGAGGUUAGACUAAUUCCAAGUAGAUGUUAUGGUAUAUUGAAACAUGUAAACGUGUAAAAACAAAUGGUCAAUGGAAUCCACGGGGCUAAAAGUAAAUUGAUGCUCUAAUGGUUUUAAUAUCUGUGUUUUUAAAUGCCUGUUAACCGCUAUUGAGUACAUGUGUCAGUAUUAUAUGAAACAA